UUGACGUAGUAGGGAGGUACACAUAACAUUUCAACAAGAAAUAUUUAGACCUAAAUGAAGACAGCCUUUCGAUAAGCACAAUUUUAUAUUAAUUUCGAAGAAGGUUUAUUGAUACGGUAUCAGGCCUUCGAUAUUUUUAGGUAAUAUAAACAAAAAGAUGAUGAAAGAAUUGGUGAACAGUGUGUGUUUAGGGUUAGUUGAUAAAGAAGAUCUUCAACAAUUGAAAUACUCUCAGCUUCGUAAACUUGCCAAACAGUUAGGCGUCAAAGCAAACAAAAAGGCAGAAAGACUAAUUGAAAACAUCUUGUUAGAUCAAAAACACCGUAUUGUAUCCAGGAAAAAUGAUGCUGGUACUGAUUCUGAAUAUGUGGACCACAAAGAACAUGACGAUAAAAUGGUUUCUGUCAAACAAUGUAGUGAAUCAAUAGAUGAAGGGGAUUUGCAGGAAAAGACUGUUAGUGAUCAAGGUGGAAAGCCAAAAGGAACCAUGAAUAAACUUCUUCCAAGAAGGAGCCUACGCUUAUCUCCUAAAGCUGAAGAGGAAAGUACUUGUAAAAAUAUUUGCAAAGUGAAUGCAUUAAGACGAAAGUCUAUACCAAGUUCCCAUAAGGAUAAACUGGAUAGAAAUGGCUGUAGAAUUUCUACUGGUCAUGUUGACUUACUGAAGUCCCAACCUAGGAAGAGUACAUCACACAUCACUAAUACACCAAGAGAGACCCCAAAAACGCCAAGAUUGUCCAAAGUAUUGGCCCGAUCUUCAAAGUUUUUUAAAACGCCAGUAGGUCUUAAAACAGACUGUCCUCGCAAACAACAGAGUACCAUAACUCCAAGUUCACGUAAUACGUCUUUUGUUAUUCAGACACCUCAGUCUUCUAAACUUGCAUUGAAAAAACAAGAUGAUGAUUCUCCUCGAACCAGGUUGAAAAGAAAACUUAGUAUUCCAUCAGGGGAGACACCAACUGAUCAAAGUACAGUGACAUUGAAAAGCAUUAUUGCAAAAACACCAUCUUCAACAGUUAAAAAUCCUGCUAAAAAGAUAAAACUUAGUAUGCCAUCAGUAGAGAAGCCAUCCAGUAAAAGCAUAAUGCUUACCCCAGAAAGUACUUCAGUAAAAAAACCAUUCUCUACAGUUGAAAAACCUGUUAAGAAAAGGAAACUUACUAUUGGAUCAGGAGAAACACCAGCUAAUAAGAGUAGAGUAGUAACUCCAAGAAGCAUUACAGCAAAAACACAGUCUUCUGUUGUGAAAAAUUCAAUUAAAAAACGUUCACUUCUUAAUUCCAAUUCAGCCACUGAUUUAGGAGAAUCGGAGUGCCAAAAUUCCUCAGAUAAGAAAGAAUCCUCACAAGUGGAAGUGAAGCUACAGAGUAACAUCCCUAGAUUUAUGGCUUUUGCUUCUAAAAAAGGUGGAUUUCAACCAGGGAAAACAAGGACCCCAAAUUUUGCCCGUAUACAUCAAAAGGCAUUUCAGAAAAUGGAUUCACUGGAUGAUUAUGUGCAGAAGAAAAAGAUGCGAAGUCAGGAAAUUACUAAAUCAUCAAAAAAGGAUAGUGAAAGAAUGAAUGAACCUAAAGAUGCUAGUCAAUCAAGUAGUGUUCUACCAGUGGAGCCAAGCAACAAGAAAGUAAAGAAAUGCCGUGAAGAGAAGGAAAACAGCAAAAGAGUUUUGAGGUAUAAAAGGUUUGAAUUUACUGAAAGUCCAAUGGGAACACCAGUUAAAAGUCCACAAACUGUCAAAAGAACUCCAUUUAUUCCAUCCAUCACAUCUGUAAGUCAUAUGAAACUAAACUUUGGCAGCCCAUCAUUCUUUUCACAACAAAAGGAAAAACAAAGCACUUCUAAAAAACAAAAAAAGUUGAGAGCACCUGUCUACCAUUUUGGAAGAACAACCACUCCUGUUAAGUCCAUUACAAACCAGAACACUAAGCAUACUACUUUUAACCUGAAAGCCAGCCUGACUAAAAAGUUGUCAUACCGUCCUUAUACUGGUCCAGUUCGGCCUCUCUCGCAGCUCAAUGCUCCAGCAUCACAUGGUGAAAGUGUGGAUGACCAUUGUUUUAAGCACACACAGAGACUUAGAGAAAAAUCAAAAAAAGUACUCCAGGGAGUAAGAAGUAAUCGACGGUUUGAGUUACAGAUGAAGAUGAGAGGACUAAACUAAAGUCAAAGUCAUCGUUGUAUAUUUUUAUUACACGUUAAAGAAUUUAACUGUUGCUGUAUAUGUUCUUUUAUUUUUCAUUAUAGUUUACAGAACUCAGCCUCUGAAUUUCUUUAAACUUCUUAAAAUUUUCUCAUUAAUUAAGAACCAUUUUUCUGUCCUCUAACUUUCAUUAAAGCAUUUCAACCACUGUGUAAAGAUCUUUCAUUGAAAGUUUUUUAUUCCCUUUUUGCUACAGAAAAAUAAAUGGUUUUAGUCUGUGAUUGGUGUAAAAAUGAAGUGUUGUCAGUGUGAAGCUUAACAGAAACCCUGUUCUUGAAAAAAGUUGAAUAAUUUUUGUGAUUCAUUUAUAUCCCAAGAUCACACACUCAUACAUACAUAUGUGUGUGUAUGUAUAUGUGAUUCCACGUAAAGUGAAAACACAUAAGCCUCAGUAAAGUGCUAUAUAUUUUAUUACUAAAACAAUGUUAAGAAUUAAUAACUGAUAGUUUUGCAAGCACUUGUGGUUUAGACAUUGAUUCUUACAGUUUGAAAAAAGUGGAAACAUUUUCUUAACUAAAUAUAAUUCUAUUGAAUACAUGUAAAUUUGUUUUAUGUGAAAAAUGGGAUGUACUAAAAUAAAACUGAACUUCUUUAUAAUUAUGAUUAUUAAUUAAAUUAUUUAUGAUGUAACACAGCAAAGUUUUCUACAGUUUAGUAUAUUCAAGAUUCCAGAUUGCGAGGGAAUCAUUCUUAUAUUAUUGAUAAGAAAAAUUACUGCAAAUGGUAGUUAACUAGAUUGUAGGAAACUCUAUAAAAAUAUAAUAAACAGUUCAUAACUGAUAUUUUCCAGAAUUUGAAGCCAAUAAGUUUAAAUAGAUUUCCAGUGUUUUUUUAAGUUAGUGGCUUGUAAAAAAUCAUAUGUUUAUUAUUAAUUGUUUCUGUAGUUUUCUCUUCCAAACUUCAAAAGCACUUGGAGAUUUUAAUUUUUGAGAUGUGUUGUCUAGAAAUUAUUGUUUGUAUUGCUUUAAAAUAUGUUCUGUUAUCUGGAAAAUGAUUUAUUAUAUUUGGGAGCAUUUUUUCAGAUAUAUUUUCAUGAGUUGUAAUGUUUGGGUAAAAAAUAUCUGGUUUAUGGAGAAAAUCAUAGUUUGAUCCAUUCUACAAAGAGUAUUAUGUUAGAUUUUAUAAUGUCAAAAGGAACAACUUAGAUAAUUAGUUUUAACCCAUUGCCUUACCUUGUCAUCUUACUUGUUCCUAAUCAAUUUCACCCAUCACUGAACAUGCUCGCCCUUUCAGCCAUGGGGGCAAUAU